AUGACCCCAAAUGUUCUACUUAAUCGCCCGUGUCUCGUUCACAAAGUCUUCUGUCGCUUAAACUACCAGUACCUCGAGUUAACAUUCUACGAGGUCAAGUACCCGAAGCGCUUUCAAUGGUACGUCAACCAGUUGCCCCAGUGGUGCAGUGAUAACGGUGGGUCCUUCCUUGGGGGUACCUCGAAAGUGAAUCAGAUGAUGGGAAUGACCAAACCCAACUACAUUACAGUGACUCAGUGGAGAACGGAAGAGGAGUAUGCAAAAUAUCAUCAAAAUGGUAAUGCUAACAUGUUCCCUAACGCAGCUAACUGGUCGCUUUUUCAAGUAGUUGGCGCUGAUAAGUGUGUGUUUAGAGUUCUCAAGUCCGAAUACGAAAAGCUGGAAAUGUGUUUUCAAUUAGAAAAGAUCAGUUAG